AUGAGUGAUAGCGAGGAUGGUUCCGAGCAAGAUACAUCCUCCACGGUACACGCAAUGGACAUUGACCUGCAAUCACAGCUUCCGGAUGCUAUUAAGCGGGGAUCGGUCGAAGAGGUGAAACGCUUACUGGGGUACGAUAAUGCGGUCAGCAUCCGCUUCGACUAUCAUUUCGAACAAGAAAAGGAUAUUAGUACCGGCGUGUCUCCCAUCGCUCUUGCUGGCGGAUUGGGCCAAAAUGCGAUCGUGCGACUCCUCCUAGAUCACGGAGCCAAGCUCGAGACGGCAAAUAUAGGCAAUGGCUCGACGGCACUACACCUUGCCGCUAAACAUGGUCAGCUGGAGACGGUUGAGCUAUUGCUGGACAAUGGGGCUUGGGUCAAUGAUGUGAACGAUUUCAAAUAUACCCCCUUUCACUAUGCUUGCUGGGAGGGUCACCUUGACGUGGCGAAACUGCUUGUGAGUAGAGGGGCAGAGAUCGAGACUGUUGACAAAGACGGCUGGAACGCCCUUAUCUUCGCCUGCAAUAAAGGACAUAGACAUGUCAUUCGGUGGUUGCUAGAUCUUGAGGUCCAGUCUGAACGCAAUGGUCCCGUCAAGCGCGUCAACCGAAACCAGCAGUGCAACAAAGGCUGGACACCUAUCUGUCGAGCUAUUAUCGGAAACUACUUCGACUGCGCCCAGGAACUGCUGCACGACCCCGAAGUUGAUCUGACAAUCCGAGAUGAAGAAGGUGAUUCGGCCCUUUCGGAUGCCGCACGAAAGAAUUCCGCUCUGCUUAUGCUGGAUAUCAUGGCGAUGGCGACGUACUUCCCUGAUGACCCAAUCAGCAUGACAACGUGCAUCGCUACGCCAUAUGAGUUUGAAUAUAUCGAGAAGGGGUUUCUCAACAACUUUGCCCAAGUGAUCCGCCACCCGGAAGGUCUGGAGCUGGCGAUGUACUGGGGAGUGACGAAUGGCAGUGUACCGCUGGCGCAACAGUGUCUCUAUUAUAAGCCAGACUUAGCGACUUGGUCCCGGGCGGGCGCAACCUGGCUCCAUGUAGCAGCCAAAUAUGGACAUCAUGAAUUGCUUCGGGCACUUGCUGCGCGACACAUUGACCUCAGUGCGAAGGCCGAUCGCGGCAUGACUGCCUUGCACCUGGCGGCUGCUGGUGGUCAUUCGGGUGCUGUGAAAUACAUCCUGGAAAUCCUGCGAAGCAGAAAGAAUGGAAGGAUGCACCAGACAGGCUUUCCGGGAUCCAGUGCUCUGGCCUCGCCUCCUGGGCUCGAACUGGCUCGAUGCGUGAUGGAGGAGAAUGAUGAUCACGAAUCGCCCAUCAGCCUCGCCGGGAAGUCGAGAAAUCGGGAAGUGAAAAAGAUUUUGUGGGGAGAGAUUGAAACGUUUGUUCUGACUACUCGAGAAUUUUUGGAAUUCCUUCCAGUAAAUCUCGAGCGAUUCAUGGAACUCGCGGCUCAGUUCGAGCGACCGGGCAAUGAACGAAUCCUGACGCUUCUAUUGCAGCAGACGAGCAAUCGGAACCCUGUGUGCAGCUCGAGCCGUUGGACCGCUUUACACUGGGCUGUUUACUGCUCUCGGGCGGUUCUCGUGUGGUGGUUGCUCUCCAAUGGAGCCCAUUUAAGAAGUGAAGAAAUUCAGACUGCCUUGGAUAUUAUCAAGGACAAGCCCGACCGCGGGUAUGCUACUUCGCAGGUAGACCUUCUCAUCGCUGACCUUCUGAAGAAUCCACCUGUGAUCAUGGCCCCGGCAGUUCAUGAAGAUGACUAUCAUAUACCAGAGCUUCCGGAGUUUACGGACGACGCCGGGGAGUUCCGUGACCUUGAGGGCGUAAUCGCGGAUUUCUAUUGCGAUGAGGAGGCGGUAGAUUUCCAAGUUAAAAAGAGAAAACUGAGCGAGAUAAUUUACGAACGAGGCCCGGCGAGCAUUAUGGCAAGCACUGAUCGGGGUAACUAUACUGAUCUGGACGGAUUCAUGGAGCGACUCAAGGAUAUUCAUCGUCAAACAGUUCCCAGGCCAAGCUUCACCACAGGGGAAGCAAUGGGUAGCAAGCCUGGAGUGCUGCACGCAGCCUCUACGUUAGGAGCGUCGGAAAAGGCCCCAGAUGUGUCUCGUGGAAAGGAAUCCAGUGGAAAUAAGGGCAAGGCAGGGCCUAGGGUUGAAAGGCAGCGUGGGUUCCGUUGGAUACAUAUUCCUGCCAGUAAUGUCAAAGUAGCAGAGGAUCUCAUCACCCGCAUUAUAAUUGACUCGGGAAAGACCAAACGCCAACACGCCCCUCUCGUUAACCUUCUGAAACAAAGCUGGAUUGAGGUCGCUGCCGGUGGCGGGAAGCGAUACAUUAAGCCGCAAUGCAGUAGAAGAGCCAUUGAUCUUGAAGGGAUCUCAAGCGGAGACAGACCAGCCAUGAAUUACAGUACGGGGAUGACGCACGACGAAGGGGAAAAUGCAGACUCAGGCUCGUCGGCAGAUACGUCCAGCGAGGACGAGGACGAGAACCAGGAUGAAAAGAAAGAUUCUCAGCAAGAGGACCUAAAGGGCUCCGCACUAUCACUAUCGAAGCAUAAGGAUAUCGUUGCCCUCUAUAUGCCUUUUUUGACGGUGGCUGAAAUUUCAGCAGACACCGGUAGUCAAGGUAGUCAGGAUCAACGGCAAACUGUUGUAUCACGCACGGUGCAGAGCCACAACUCCGAUGAAACCGAUCCCGCAAUAAUCACACACGAGACCAUGACCUUGGAUCAGUACUACUACUCCACCAUUCCUGACAGUACUGAGCGGGACCAUGAUCAAGUUCUCUCGCGGUAUCUUGCCUGGCAGGAAACAAAAGACCAAAAGGAUGCCCAGGCCCACUCUAGAGACCGAACGCAAGGAGAAGAAGUUGUCAAGAUCCUCUCCGUCGAUCAGCUUUGGCUUUGGAUUAUUGACAGCGCGACCAUCAUCACCGCCACUACAAGUGACUUUGACGAUUUCGUAGACGUUGUUCUAGAUACGCUUGUCUUUGGGGAGACCGCAGGAUCGUUCCAGCGCCCCAGGUCUGUCGGAUCAAUGAUGGAGUGCAUUGUGACCCUCGCCACUGGGCCUCGCCUCCAAAGGGUUUCAGUCAAGGGCCUGAAAAAGCUGAAGGAGCCGUUGGAGAUCUUUCGUGAAUCCAUUAGGCGUGUGGCCGACACCGAGAAUGAGCUUUCCCGGACUUUCAUCGAGUCGGUUGUGGGGAGGUACCACACUCUUCCGAAACGAGAUGUCGGUAAGGAGUUCCGUCUUCUGUACGAGAUUAAGGAUAUACGGGAUGAGUUGAAUAUGCUCAAAACCCUGGCCGAAGCCCAAGAGACCGUUUGGAAACAAGCAUUCGGUGCUCGAAAUUCGGCAGAUGGUUUCGAGUUCGAGUAUUACCAUCCUCACACACCAGUGGAUACCAAACUCGAGAUUUUAGAAAUGACCCGCGAAGCUGAGUCGACGCAAGACGCAAUAAACACGCUGUUAGAUCUAAGGCAGAAGCAUGCUGGUAAUCAAGACGCAGAGUUUGGACGACAGCAGGCAAACACGACUAUGGUCUUCACCAUUGUAACCAUUGUCUUUCUUCCUCUCUCGUUCCUGGCUUCACUGUUUGCCCUGAACGUGACGGACUUCCCUCAUGAGUCAGGCAAUGUUUCUUAUAAGAGCUGGUGGAUUUUCCCAAUCCUCUUUGGAUGCUCCGCAGCGGUCUCGAUUCCGUGUAUUGUCAUCGCCUUCAAUGUCAAUGAAUUCAUUAUGCAGCCCUACCAAAGUUGGAGACUUUCAAAGCGACCAGCUCAACGUUCUCUAAAUCUACAUUAUCAGCCAUCGUUGGUGCGAAGGUUGACCGGGAGAAUGGCGAGUCCUACUCAGGGCAUCGGUCUUGCGUCGGUUGAACCAUUUCCAAAGGAGGUACUGGUCACAUACGAAACUGUCUCGCGAACAAGUGCGGAUGGAAGGCUCCCUUCAUACUAUCAGAGGUUUAUGAAGGGAGAGCUGUAUGGUCAUCGACCGUCUCGAGACGACGGCGAUUGUGAGAAACAGGGCGCAUGA